AUGCAGCCCGGGCACUGGAAGCGUCAACAGCAGCGCGAGUACGCCCAAGCGCUCGACGACCAAAUCAGAGCGCGCGGGGCACCGAGGGCCACUGUGCUGUCGCCGACGAAGCGCGACCCGUUGCACGUCAAGCUUCCGCACUUGCCACUCGUUACCGCGUCCGGCCUUCCGUCGCCCACCACCAAGCUUGACGAGCACGCGUGGUGCGCGCAGCUGCAGAGUGACUUGCGCCAGCAAAUGGCUGUGUUGGCCGACGAUUUCCAACUGAAACACGCAUUAGUGCUCGAGCGCGUCAGCGCGCUGGAGCGACGGGUCGCUAGCGACCCUGGACGCAACGACGGUGACGACCACAUGGCGGUCGCCUUGCAGACGCGCACGCACGUCACCACGCUUCUCCAAAGGCUCCACGAGCGAAUGGCGACAAUCGAGUCGAAGCUCCCGACGCGCGGGCAGACGGCGGACGACGUCGAGCGCUGGGCUGCCGAUGUCGAGCACCGGCUACUAACUACGUUGCGCGACACGCUCCAGUGCCGCGACCGGCUCCAGGACGAGCACCGCGAGACGAACGUCGUCUUGGGUCAGCUCACGACCGAGAGCCUUGCCCGCGUCUACGAGGUGAGCCAGUCUCGGAUCCAAGCACUGGAAAGCCAGCUCUUGACGGACCGCCGCGAACGCAGUACGUUCGAAGAGGCUUGCCACAUGCAGUGGCAGCAGCUGCACAUGGCCGUCGAGCUCAUCAAGUCCCAAUGCGACGCCUGCGAGAAGACGGAGCAUCUCCGGACGGCGAAAUGGAUGGACGCACAAGCCGUCCGCGCUGCCAACGAGUGGCGGCAAUGCCACGCUCACAUCGCGCAAGUCUCCGAGUCUGUCGACGUCCACGUGCAGGCAUUGCAAGCGCAAUGGCGCGAGCAGGCGAGUCGCACCGAGGUCGUCCUCGCCAAUCUGGAAAAAGUUGUCGCAGCGGAGAUCCAAAAGCGAUCGCGGGAUAUGGCUGAGCUACAGGCGUCGCGUCAAGCGAGUUUGGAGAAGCUUCAUGCGCAGUGGACGGCCGAGGCGGCGACGCGGUGGCAGCCCUAUGUGAGUGCCAUCUCAAGCCUCGAGACACAAAUCAAGGCCCUGGACGCAGCCCAUUUCCGCGCAGCGUCGCUAGACGGACGACUGGCCGACCAGCAGCAAGCGUUCGUUCUCGCCCAGCAAGAUGCGCUCAGUCGCCUUCAGAUGAGCCUGGAGGCGCGUUUAUGGCAGGUCGAAGCGCUCGCCAAGGCGUCCUCCCGCGAGACCCAGCAGCUGCAAGUGCAAUUGCGAGGCGUCUUCGACAUCACGGGCCCGGCGGCCGAGGUCGGCAUGUUCGGCUACGCCAACCCGCAGCAGCUCACGACGGGCUUGCACAUGCGGCUGCGCGCCCGGGCCUUUGUCUUUGAGGAAGAAGACGGCCCAGCCUUCGCCUUUGUCAGCGUCGACACGGGCUGCAUCACCGAGUCCGUCUCGCGCGCCGUCGCCCCGCGCCUCGACGCUCACGCGACGAUUCCCAAGGGCAUCUUCUCAACGGCCAACGUGCUGCUUAGCGCAACGCACACGCACUGCGCGCCGGGCGGCCUGUCGGAAUUUCUCAUCUACAGCAUGCACCCGCCCUUGAAGGGCUUUGACAAGCAAAACUUUGAAUGCAUCGUGGGCGGCAUCGUCGAGGCCAUUGCGCGGGCGUACGCCAACCGCCAGCCCGGCGUCCUUCGUGUGGCCAAGGGCACCUGCCUCGGCGCGUCCGUGAACCGGUCCAUCGAUGCGUACAACGCCAACCCAGCAGCUGAGCGCGCGCUGUACGAGCACGACACGGACAAGGAGAUGGUUCUCUGGCGUCUCGACGGCCUCGACGGGUUCCCGAUCGGCAUGAUCAACUGGUUUGCAGUGCAUCCGACCAGCAUGGGAAGCUGGUUCACGCUCAUCACCGGCGACAACAAGGGGUAUGCGGCGCACGCGUUUGAGCGCGAGCACGGCAACAACCACUUGCUCGACCGACCGCGCAGCUUCGUCGCCGCCUUUGCCCAGAGCAACGAAGGCGACGUGAGCCCCAACAUCUGCGGCCCGCGACACUGCGGCAACCAAACACAGGACUUUUCGCGCAUGGUGCAAGUGGCCGAGGCGCAGCUCGCGACCGCGCGUCGGCUGUAUGUCGAGGCCGCGUCGAGCCCGGCCAUCGCCGGCUCCAUCAAGUGCGUGCAUCAGUACGUCGACUACAACGCGAUUCCGCUCUCCGCCAAGUGGCACCAGUACAAGGAGUGCGCGCCGACGACGUCCCCCGGCUGCAUUGGUGUCUCGAUGCUCAGCGGCACGACCUUUGACGGCCGCGGCAUCGCCAUGAUCCCCGAAGGCCUCACGUGGAGCAGCGACAAGCACUGGCUCACGCUCGUGCCGCAGACGCAAGCCGAGCAAAAGGAGAAGGUCAUCGCCUUUCCAACCGCAUCCUACGGCCUCUCCCCGUCCGUGCUGCCGCUGCAACUCGUCUCCAUCGGCGACGCGCUCGCCCUCGCCGCUGUGCCGUUCGAGUUGACGACGAUGGCCGGCCGCCGACUCCGGGCCACCCUCCGCGACGCAUUGCCGGGCCACGACGUUGUCGUCGCUGGUCUUGCCAACGACUACUGCGGCUACAUGACGACGCGCGAAGAGUACGCUGUCCAGCGCUACGAAGGAGCGUCGACCCACUUUGGGCCGAAUCAGCUCGUCGCGACGCAGCAGCAGUUUGAGGUGCUCGCAGGCGCGCUUCUGCAGCGCAAAGCGCCGCCGACGUGUCCAGCUCCGGCGCAUGGCUUCGUGACGACGACGCACUGGCACACACCGGUCGUCCAAGACUCGGUGCCAACCGGGUGCUCGUUUGGGGAUCUUGUCUCGGAUGUCCUUGACAGUGUGUACUACCCCGGUGACACAGUGCGCGCCACGUUUCACGCAGGGCACCCGAAGAACAAUCUGCGCACGCAAAGCACAUUCCUUGAAGUCCACCGGUGGCGCGACGACCUCGGCGUAUGGAUCCUCGUGGCCGACGACAGCAGUGCCGACACGUUCUUCCGCUGGGCUCGUGUCGGUGUUUCGACGUCGCACGCGACCAUCGAGUGGGUGGUGCCACCCGGGACACCGCCGGGGACGUACCGCUUAAAACACCACGGCGACUGCAAGCCCUCGUGGAGCCAAAAGGCGAUUCUGUCAUACGAAGGCUUCUCGAGUCCCUUUGGCGUGCAGCUGCGACCGACGACGCCGCUCCUCGUCGUGGCACCCGCCACGAAAGAAGCCGCCAUCUCAACACCCAAAACAACACGCCUCAUCGGCGGGGUCGCGUCACCGACGGCAGCCACGUCCAGCAUCAUCGGGUCGCCGAUGCUGCUCAAGAAGCGCCGCACGACCAUCCUGCUCGAGUCGGAUAUCACCAGACGAAAUACCAGCAUGUAGCCAAAGACUAGUAGUGCUACUACACGAUGAGAUCAAACUUGCUAAAUCGCAUUUUAAGAGUCCACGAAAGGGUC